GCGCGGAGCGGAGCGGCGCGGGGAGCGCGGCGGCAGCCGCAGCCCUGCACAGCCCCCACGGGGCUGCUGCGGAGGGAAGACAUCGCACCCCCCCCCCCCUAAAAAAACCCCAACAAAACCCGGCGGAGGAGAAACGUGAAGGCUCCCCGGCACCAUGCCGCUGGUGAAGAGGAACAUCGAGCCCCGGCACCUAUGCCGGGGGGCUCUUCCCGAGGGGGUGACAAGUGAGCUGGAGUGUGUCACCAACAGCACACUGGCUGCCAUCAUCAAGCAGCUGGGCAGCCUCAGCAGGCAUGCAGAGGACAUCUUUGGUGAGCUGUUCAAUGAAGCCAACAGUUUCUACAUGCGGAUGAACUCGCUACAGGAGAGGGUGGACCUGCUGGUCAUCAAGGUGACACAGCUGGACUCCACCGUGGAGGAAGUUUCACUGCAGGACAUCAACAUGCGGAAAGCCUUCAAGAGCUCCACGGUGCAGAACCAGCAGGUCGUGUCUCGCAACUCCAUCCCCAACCCAGUGAUGGAGAUGUACCAGCGCUGUGACAAGCCCCCACCACUCAACAUCCUCACACCCUACAGGGAUGACAAAAAAGAUGGCCUCAAGUUCUACACUGACCCCUCGUAUUUCUUCAACUUAUGGAAGGAGAAAAUGUUGCAGGCAACAGAAGAUAAGAGAAAGGAGAAGCGCAGGCAGAAGGAGCAGCGGCUGGUGGAAGACUCCACUCGAGAGGUGAAGAAAGUGAGGAAAGCCCGGAACCGGCGCCUGGAGUGGAACAUGAUGGCGUAUGAUAAAGAGUUCCGACCUGAUAACAGGUUCUCACCAUCCCCCUAUCACAUGGUGUCAUCGGAAGGAUCACUGUCCCCAGAUAAUAGAUCUUACGCUUCAGAUGUGGCUGACCACUCGUACCCGGCAAGCCCCAACCACCCCGCACAGCUGCUGGCCCCAGCGUCUCACCUGGCCCCAUCGGAGCACAAUGAGGGGGUGCUGGUGGCUGCCACCCCCCAGGAGCAUGUCUACCGCCCAGCUGCAGCAGCAGGCAGCCGGCAGAACAGCCUCAACCGCCUCCAGCAGCCCCACCCACCACAGCCCCCAGAAGCUAUCCUCAAUGGGCCAAGACCUCACUUAGUCAAGGAUUACGGCCCACAGCCGAUGCCAAUGGCAGAGUACUUUGUGCCCCCUGCCCCACCUCCCCCACCCCCAGUCAUCCCCUCUGCUCAGACCGCCUUCGACAGCCCCAUCUCAGCUCCCCCUGCACUGGCCCCCGGCUCAGCUGCUCCCCCAUCCUACACACCCUCACCACCCCCUGCACCCCCUGGUCCCUACUCCGCUUCCCCACCGCAGGCCGGCCCCAUGGGACCCCCAGUGGCCCCACCACCUCCACCACCUGGUCCCCCUGCCAUUGCCGCCUCACCUGCGCACUCGGCAUCACCGCCGGCACCCACCAUGGAGCCCCGGAAGCCGCAGAUCCCACUGAUGCCCAUGAGCGAUGCCCGGAGCGACCUGCUGGCAGCCAUCCGUAGGGGAAUCCAACUCCGGAAAGUUCAGGAGCAGUGGGAGCAAGAGGCCAAAAAAGAGCCCGUGGGCAAUGACGUGGCAACGAUCCUGUCCCGCCGGAUCGCGGUGGAGUACAGCGAGUCUGACGAUGACUCCGAGCUGGACGAUAACGAGUGGUCGGACUGAGGGGCCCGGGGCUGGGCUGGCACGGAGCUCCCAGCUCUGUCCCAGGUGUGUAUAGGCGCCUUCCCCACUCCUCAAUGCCAACAAGUGCAGGUGGCCCCACUCUUUCAGGAGCUUUGCUUGUACACCAUGUCCAGCACCCUUCGGGCAGCAGCAGCAGCACUGGUAGGAUCCGCCUGGGAGGCAGUGAGAUCAGAAAUUAGCAGCACCUUCACGUGUAAUGACUUCAAAACUGCUCUGAAAAUCUAUUAGUAGGAUUAGUCUGGGUUUACACCUGGAGCAAGACCAGAGUGUGCUUUGCUAGAGAAGGGAAACCCAGAGGCAUUAGUGCUUUUUCAGCCAGGUGUUAAAUGUGUUUAUGAGAAGCUCCUGAAGAAGCAGCCUGAUUGCACAACUGGUGCCACCAUGGGCCAUGCACUUAGUCUGGAGAUGAUCUGCUUGCCUACAUUUGUGGGAUCAGGCAGCUCCAAAAACUACUUAUGGGCAGGAGUCCCCUUCCUCAUAAAGCAAUACAGCAUAUUUCACAGCAGUCAUGAUCACUGAUGGUUCACACAGAUGACUCAGGUAGUCACAGUUGUGUUGGCAUUCCCUGAAGAAGACCAAGGUGUUGGUGUCCUGAGCUAAUAUCCACCCUUAGGACCAGUUUUCUGGGUGAAAAGGGUGAAGUUUGAGAGGCUCAACACAUGCUGUUUUUAGGGAGAAAAGGGAAGCAGAAGUGCCCAUGGAGCUUCCUCAAGCCCAGCUCUCCUUGGGUUUAGAGCUUCACCGUUUCAGUGCUAGUUAAAAACAAAACAACCAACCCCAAAAUGCUGCUUUGAGCUAAAUUCUCAGCCUGCACUUUGCAACUUCACAAACUGCACCCUUACAACUGAGAUAACUCAGACCAUGGCACUAAUCCUGCCCUGUCUCUGACUGUCCUUCCUUGAAGGUUUUUCACACAGUUGCGAAGGGAGGAGAUGUGGGAAGGCAGAGGGAAGGGGUGAGGGAUACUGAAAAUAUCACAGCCAGGAAUAAGAACCUACAGAGAGCUGGAAGAGGUUCUCCACCAGCACAAAAUUGGCUGGGACCAGCCACACUUGCCUGACACAGCAUCCUGAGGUGUUUUGUUCCUAUAUACCACAAGUCUCUGAAUGGGCAGAAGCCAAGUCCCCACUUUGCAUGUCCUCUGGGGAGAAGCUGGGCUUUGAGCUCACCUGCCCACCUCUCCCAGUAGCCAUGAAGAUGAUAGCUACAGAAGUAGUAUUUUGACUAGAAGUGACCAGACCUGUAGAAGAGGUGAGAGGAUAUGGCUGGGGCCCAACAGGCUCCAAGGCUGAUCCACUCUUAAAUUCCCUCUGAGAAAUGCUACUGUUGAAUGAUGCUCCAAGCUUGUGCUCACUUUGUGGCAAGAUGCAAUGAGGCCCCUUCCCAGCUGCUGAGAAACACCCCCAGGAGCUCUCCCUUCUCUUGACAAACACAAGGAGACUGUUGUCUCCUGUCUCUCAGACAUGACACCUGCAUCUCCACAUCUCAGACGAGAGCUGUGGUGCCAAGUGUGGGGCUCAAAUGGAGGAACAGUAGGAUGGAUGUGGGAGAGGAUGAGAGUGACCGGGAAAGGCUUUGGUGGUGAGUGCCCCACCAUGGGCCACAUCCCCUAGUUUACCCUCUUCUUUCCUGAGGGAAAGCUCCCUUUGACUUCAGCAGGGCUGAUUGUCAGAGCAGGCACUGAGGCACCAAAGUAGGCAGGGAGAUGGUGUACUACAGGUGACCAGGAAAUUGCUGAUGCUUGAUGCUCACCAGAUUGUUUCAUGACACUGACCCUCUGGGAUACCAAGAACUGUCUGCAAAAGCUUUUGGCUAAAGCUUGGUGUCUCCAUGCAGGCAGAGAGGCCCUGUGAUCCCCACAACAGGCUUUCCUUGCCCAGGGCUUUUGGGCCUGAAGCAAGCUCUGAAGAAUGUCUUGUGAAAGACCAGAGCAAUAUUCAAGCAGUCACCAGGCAGUAUUUGUCGUGGGGUGGCAUGAACAUAGACACAAUGGUGAUACUAUCAGGGUCGAUGCCAUUGCAUGGCAAAGCACUUGACAAUCAUGGAACUCAAGUCUUGACCACAGGCCACAUUUGCAGGGCAGAUGGACAGCUGGGAGCCUCAUGGGUGCAUGGUUCACCUCCAUUUCCUCACACCUUUAUGCUCUUACAUAGUCCUCUUCUCUUUGGACAUCUCAUUACAUCCCCACCAUUUGUAUCCUGCUUGAGGAAGUUCACAACUUGUGGUAACCCUGGAUGGGUGUGUUUAAAAGUCAUUUGGAUGUGGUGCUUGGGGAAAUGGCUUAGGGUGAAUCCCCUAGAGUAGGGAUAGUGGUUGGACUUGGUGAUCCUGAGGGAUGUUUCCAUGAUUCUGUAAGACAAACCCUUUUCACAUGCUCCACUCCCAAGCAGCUUGGCAGGACCAUAACCUCCCACACUGCCCACAGCUUGAGGACGUCAGGGAUCUGAACUUCCUCAGCUCCACUGAAGCUCUCUUGCUAGCAGGCAUGGGGCUACCAUCUCCCCAGUGAGAUGUCUAUGUUGGAGCUUAUUGCUCAGCUGUCCUGUGUAGGAACUUGAGGAAAAUCUUGCUGCAAGGGUGAUGGAGUAGGCUGCCUGGAGAGGUUGUGAAGUCACCUUCUCUGCAGAGAUUCCAGACCUGCCCAGGCAUUGUGGUCCUGCUUUAACAGGGGAGGGUCUGAAUGAUCUCCAGAGGUCCAUUCCAAUCACUGCUACUGUGACACUGUGUAUUUGGUGGAGAAACAACCUGUGUGAGCUGUGGGCACCCAGUUCUGGUCUGAGCACAGCACAGCUUGCUCUUCCCAGCUCUUUCCCAGCAGUGCCACAGCGCAGACAAGCACAUGGUGGCACUACGAGUGUCCAUCUGAUGACACAACCGUUGCUGCAAGACCAGCUCUGCUGGCAGCCCAAAAUCCUCAGUGCCUUUUCUUGAAGGACUCAGCCACUUUUGAGGAUGACCAUCAGUAUUUUUGGGUCCAUUCAUCUGUCUUUUGCCUGGGUGAUCGUGACCAACGCAUGUAACACCAACUCCUGGGUCGGGCUGCUCUGGGUUAGCUCUUCUGGGAUGGGUUGGGCCACAGCACUUAGCACUGUGUGUCUGACCCAUAUGCUGCAACUCUCAGCAUCUGGUACGUCUGGGCCCAUUUCUGCUGGCUCUUCCAAAAGUAGGCUGUGCCGCGUUACGCAACCCAAAACGCUGGAAUCCUCCUGUGGCCUGAUAUGAAAGUGAAUAUUUAAAUGUUUUAUCUACUUGGCAGCCAUUAAAAAUACCAUCCAGGUCACAGAUGAUUCAAUCCCUCCUCUCCCAAGCGUACCAGAAGUGGGCCGAGGAGAUUCUCCUCUGUGUUUAAGGGAUCAUAUUCCACGCUGAGAAUCCUGCGGUGGCACUUUGUUGCCAAUGGAUCAUCACAGAGUGCCAAACUGUUAACAAACCCAACUGAUCUCCUGAGAGCUCUCCUCUUUUCAUUUGAUCUGCUUUCUCCUACUUGCCACUUUAUGGGGAUAGAUUAAGAUAAUAAAUAAGACUGCCAACAGGGGAAGGAGUAUUGCGUGCAAAGGAACACCAGAGAUGGAGAAAGAGAAAAUAAACCAGUUUGGUUCUGCACAGAGAUGUUAACUGAAGGGCCUUGAGAGCCAUCAGGAGCAGCUUGCACAUCUCUGACUUAUAAAAGGGACAUAGUGGGGACUGGCAUGCCCACAGUACCCCAGUUGUGAAGUCUGCUCUUGCCCAGGUGUGAUGAAGGUCGGUGGAAGUCUAGCGGUGCUCAUGUUCUGGCUCAGGUUGCUGUUGUGCUCUCAGUGCCUCCCUGAUUCUGAGUGAACAUUUGAGCUGGCUGUUGGCACAGGUGGCUCUUAGAAGAUCAAUAUCCUGACAGAAGAGAGUAUUGGGUAGCUUCUAACUUUUCACCCUGGACAGAGAGCUAGGGGCUGUUCAAGGCAAGACUGGACGUGGCACUUGGUGCCAUGGUCUAGCCUUGAGCUCUGUGGUAAAGGGUUGGACUUGAUGAUCUGUGAGGUCUCUUCCAACCCUAAUAAUACUGUGACACUGUGAGAAGCAAGCAUCAGGGCUGUACAAGCAGGAGCUGCUGUAGGAUAUUUUACUUCUGGAAGGUUUUAUUCUAGUGAAGAAUGUAAGGCCCAACAUAGCUUCUCCAGCGAGCUCCGUUCACAUGGAGGCCCUCAACUUUCCUCACAGCAAUUUCUACCCACCCCCUCCCAGGACAGCCAGCAGUCUGAACAGGAGAGCUUUGCAGCCUCUGCUGAGAACAGAGCCUGUGUUAACGCCCCAGCUUUAAUGACCAGUGAAGGGAUGCCUGGAGGGAGGCAGGUUGUGCACUGGAAGCAGUAUUUCAGAAGGUGCUUUUUUUCCCCUGGAGGUGUGUGGCCAGCAGGGCCACUGUGUCGUUUCUUUGUGGGUAGACAAUGGGAGGCCACAGGGAGUAUUCCCCAUCAUGGGAGAAUGGUGGGAAGCGAUGGCAAAGACAGAACAGGCUGUUCCUUUCACCACUAUUCCUGGUUUCCCACAGUAGUGCUUUAGGGGUGAGAUUUUCCUAGUCGGCAUGUCACUUUACAGAUGAAGAAUAUAAAAGUAAGGACAAGGACUCUGUCCUGAGGAGUUUACACUUAACAGCAAAGACCAUAUAACCUGCACUGCACUUUAGAAGCCUCAACUGCUCAUUCAUCCCUGAAUUUACCCUCAGCUGGGCAGCAGCACCUUGAGAACUCUUGUCCCUUUCCUUAGGUGACCCCACUACCAGCACCACGGCCAUAUCCCCUCGCUGAUGGCAGCGGUGGGGGCUCCCCUGCCCCUCCACUAACCCCACACAGAAGUGCCUGAGUAAAGUAUGAGUUUUAUCUCUGAAGGAGUUGCCAUGCCCUUGGGGUGGUCCCUUCCCAGUCCCUGCACAUCUCUGCUCCUCUGGGUUGACCAUGCACUGAUAGGCCACUCGUCCAGGUGUACUGCUGCAGCUACCUGCCCGCACUCAGAGGUGCCCACACAAUUCUUGUGAUGCUCUCCUCGCUUGUAGGAAGUGUCCUCCUUUUGGUACUUAGACCCAGGCCUAGAUUUUGAAGUAUUUAUUUCUUUUGGAGAAUCAGCAAGGGGGGCAGGGUGGUGGUGACUGAGCUUCCUCUAACAAACCCCAGGUUUUCUAGGCUCACUCACCCAAGCUCUGCUUUCCCCAGGUGAGGACUGUCCUGCGUUUUGCUGGGGGAGGAAAGGAAAGAGUCAAAAACCUCAAUGAGGGGUUUGCCCCAGUACCAUACCCACAGGCAGGGUGGGAGGAAGACACCACCGUGGUGUUGUCACUAGACUGAAGCAGAGCCUGCAGGUUCGUACUGCAGGAAAUCCCCAGGCAAGACCUGGAUGGAAGGUGCUUGGUCGUGGUGUUCCCUGAAGGCACCGCUGAUGUGCCAUUGUCAGUAUUAAUGUCUGUCUUACAUUGGCACAGUGCCCCGAGGCAACUGCUGUCUCCGUAGCACUAGGUAAUGCUACACCACUGAUGCUUUACACUCCCGUGGGCACCCCUCCUAAUAGCUAUCUUCCCACAGGUGCCACCUUCAGAGCAGCACUCAGAGGUCCCUCUAGCCUUUUGCUCUCAGUAGAACAGGUUUAAAGCUGCUCUUGGUCAUCAUGUUUCAGAGCAUGUGAGCCCAAGCACUAAUGAACCUUUUCCUGCACACCUCUCCCACAGUGGCAAUGCCAUGGGACUGGGUUGGCCCUGGGUGACUUGAACCCCAAUGGUAAUUCCAGCACUUAGCAGUAUAGAAAGUGACAGAAGAGGAAACAGCACCAACUUGUGCCAGGGGAGGUUUAGGUUGGCCAAGAGGAAUAAUUUCUUCCUAGAAAGGGUUGUCAAACCCUGGCACAGGCUACCCAUGGAAGUGAUGAAGUCCUCAUCCCUGUAAGGGUUUCAAAGUUGUGCAGGUGUUUUGCUGCAGGAUAUGGUUUUGUGGGGACCUGACAGUACUGGGGUAGUAGUUGGACUUUAAGAUCUUCAAAACCUCUUCCAACCAAAAUUGUUCUGUGAUGAGCAGGGCAGAAAAAAACCCAACAAAAUAGAAGAUAAAGGUAGCAUUUCAGGUUGGUUAUGCUCCCACCACUCUGUACACGAGUAUCCUCAGGUAGGCAAAACCUGCUGCAGAGCAGCAAAGGGCAGUGGGGAGAAUAAACCUGUUCUCCAUCCAUGUGCUGGAACAAAGUCAAAGCAUGAGAUCGAGCUGGGACAGAAAGGGGUUGAAUCUGAAGCAGGUCACAGAGGCUCUACCAUGUCUUUAAGAAGCAAGAAGGCAAACACCAGAGAGGAGCACAGUCUGUGGCCCCGUGCUGAGCAUGGGGAUGGUGGAAAUGCCUGUAGCGUAUCUCUUCAAACCUGGCAUGGUUGUAGUUCUGCCUCAUCCCCCCAUACAGACUUGCAGCACCUCCAUUUGCAGAUCUGGCCCAGCAGGUUACAACCCAGAGCAUUGCCCACAAGCAACCUGCUCGUGCUCUCCCUCAGCUUUGCUGCCCUUUUUCUGGUUUUGGUGUUGACCCUUGCUUACAACGCAGCUAAAAGGUACCUGGGAGGGAAUUAACUGCAGAAAACCAGGAUGAGCAGCUGUUACUGCUGUGUGUUGAUGGUCAGAAGGCAGCAGUUUGUGGUGGGCUGGGAAAUUCACCCCACAAAUAAUAUUUGCCAGACCAGUUCAGAUGACUUGGAAGCAAGAUAAAUUUAUGAGCAUAUAUACAAAAUAUAUUUACAAUUAUAUACAAGAAUCCAAUCCUCCUCCCUGGCCAAAGAAACCUCACAAGGGGGCAAUGCCACCUCCUUCUCUCCCCAUCCGAGACAGAAAACCAGCAAGAUCUCACAUGUUAUCUGGUUAGUCAAGGUUGGUAUUCAGUUAUGCACAGAUGAACAGUGGAGGAGGUAGAAGGCAGAAAGCAAAGUCAAAAAGGAGUGAGAAUUCUCCUGUUGCUGGUUUACCCCUCCUAGCAAACCAGUGAAUGAGAGAGAUUGCACUGCUGUUAGUUUUUUACAACCAAUGCCCUGCUCAUUCAAUCUAUAUUCACAAGAACGUCCAGAAAGUUCCUCUCUCAUCUAUAACUCAAAAUCCAAAUCGAGUGUUAGAUCUUAACCUGCUACACAGCUCCAGCAAUCUACUCAUCCAGAUCAUUCACAGCCCACAGACUGCACUGCCUGAACUACGCUGGUGCAUUAAGCAGAACAACUUAAAAGUUAUUCUUUGAUUUGAGGCAGUUCAGUUGAGCAAUCAAAAAAAGAACCACACCACCCCCUACCCCCCCCCCCCCCCCCCCCCAGCAAAACACAAACAACUUACUUGUGAUUUCCAGAAGGAAAGCCUACUCCAUCCCCUUCUCCUGGACCUCAAGGGGAAAGUCAGACCUAAUGGUGCUUCCCAGCUAACAAAAAAGAAAAAGGAGCAGCCUCACCAGAAAACAAAUUCCAAAGAACCCAGCAUUGAAGAGCAGAGCAGGGAGAAGAUGAGCUUCACCCCACAGCAGGAAGAACUUCUGCCUCUGAAGGUCCCCCCCCAGCUCAGGUGUUUCAAAUUCCAUUGAUUUUCACCUAUUACUGGUGCCUGUGUAGCCUGAUGCCACAGCUGGGCACACUUGCCCCAUAACAAGUCACUUCUUGCCAUGAAAAGAGCAGACAUAAAAAUCUCACAUUAGAAACAAGGUGGACUGCAGCCUGAAGAUGUUACUGUGGUGCCCCUCGAGGAGCUGUGGAUUUCCCACUGGCAAGAGUCAUAUCCUUCACAGAAUCAAAGAAUAGUUUGGGUUGUUGAAAGGGACCUUAAGGAUCACCUAGUUGCAACCCAUUGCCAAGCCUCAAAAAGCCACAGUUAUGAGCACUGACACCCCCCUCUUACCAUAACCUCCACCAAAGCUAUUUUUAUACUGAGAUGUUUCAGGUCUACCUUUAGUUCUGGCAAGUUUCCACAAACAAAGCCUCUCUUUGUGGUGCCUUUCAUCUCGGAUCAGAACAGAUUAGGAAAAAAGAGACCAAAUUCCUACAAAAAAGAAACCCUUUUUGUCCAAAAUGUAUUUGUGGGAGCUUUUCAAGGCUGGUGGCUCCUCAUCGUAAGAGGCUUUCUUAUUUUGGGGCCACUUGACUUGCCCAGGUGAGUCUGAAGCCAAACAGGGGUUUGGGUGGAUGGUGAAACAUUGCUGGCACUUUCCUCCCCUCCAUUUUUGGCUGUGGCAUGUCACACGUGGGGUUCAGGUCUGGGGUUCCUGUCAGCAGAUCAGCAGGACUACAGCUGGCAGCUCCUUCCUGACACAAGUGCCUUUACUGAAGGUCCUCAUUGCAUGGCUGAGGAGUGCAGGGCUUCAUGGAGCAGGUGGGCUUACUGAGCUGGGGGUGAGGAGAGCAUUUCCAAGCAUUUCUGAGGCUCAGUCUGUCCUCAUCUGGGUGGAAAGCUGGACCCUGAAGGAGAUCUGAAGCCCAAGAUCCUGAGGUAUCUGCUGGGAUCCCUCCUUCCUUGUGCAUGGGCUGUUAGCCUGGCAGCAAGGAAGCAGCUUGGGAGCAGGUCUCAGAGCAGCUCUCCCUCCAAUCUUGACCACCUCCUCCAAUCUUGACCACUCCAAGGAAGAUCUGCUCUGACAACCAGGUGUCUUCAGGUGUACAUGCAAACACUGCACCCUGGGCAUGGGGACAGUGCCCAGGAGGAUGUGGUCAGCAUGCAGGAAGAGGACAAACCUUAUCAUUGCAUUGCUGUGGAACAUACACUUGCUGGUAGGUUUGCUCCAGGGUAUUUGUGUUGCUGCUGCUGCUGUGGGACAAUCGUCCUCAUUCUCCUGUCCCAGCACAGAGCUGUUGGGGUAAUGCCAACUGCUGUGGCAGGACAGGAGCUAUUCUACUUCCAGGUUUUGAUCACCUUCAGAGUGGUAGGAGCUCAAGCACCACAAAAGCAUUAUUAUGAGGGACACUGAAGCAGGUGAGGAUCAUCUUCUAUGUCCUGCACCCAGCAGCCUGGGGGCAAGGCUAGCACAGGUUGGGCUGGGAGCACCUAAGACACCUCAAAACGGUUUUUGCACUACCUAAACUCAUCAGCUCCAAGUUAAGGAGACCCCCAGGAGCACUGGGGCAACCUAAAACAGAGCACUCAUGAACAGCCAGCUUGAUCUAAGGAUCUGGAAAGCAGCUUUCUCCUCCUCCGGCACUAGCUGGUCAAUGCUGGUACAGCGCAGAGCCGGGGCUGGGGGAUGGUCUUUAUGAAGGUUGCUCCAGCUCCGCAGGGGUGGCACAGCAGGGACAGGGAGGUGGCACCUUGCUGCUGGCUUCCUGGGAGGCUCAGCCUUGUUGGGUCUGCCUGGAUGCUCCUACAAAAGGCUCGUAUUUUACUACCAGUAGAAGUAUUACCUGUAAUUUCCUUCAACUUGCCACCUGGUGGAAGCAGCUGCUGGGAGAUGCGCGGCACUCCCGCGGCGGGAGGUCACCUCCAGCGGGCCAUGGCUCGGUUUCCCUUCUGUUGUAGUCGACGUUACAAGGAGAAGAUUCUCACUGUCUCUCGGGGUCUUUAGCCACGUGCACUUAGUCAUAGGUGAGUAGAUGUUGCUGCCUGUAUCUAUCUGCCAUCCCCAGUCGCUACGUGUGAACAAGUGUAUUUCCCCCCCGUGUUGUGGGUUCUGCCUGUCGUGACACGAUGACGGAAAGGUCGGGACUACGCUGGCUCGGUCGCAGCGCGGAGCUGGCUUCUGUACAGGGUAGAGAGGGAACCUGGAACGACUCGAAGUGCCGCUUGUAACUACAUUCGUUCAACAGAUGUCAUCUUAAUCCCAAACUCCUGCCACUUUAUGCAUGUUGCUGAUUAAAAAAGAAAACGAGGGGGGAGAAAAAAAAAAAGAAAAUAAAAUAAAAGGAAAAAUGAAUAAAGAUUUUAAGAGGUUAAAGUA